GAAUGAAAGUUCAGCCUUUCACCUCCUUACUUGCAAACAUCCCGCCUGUCAGCUGUCUGACCAAGCUACGUCACUUCGCGCCGCCCCACAGUCUCAGCCUACUGAACUUCAACAUCAAAACCACUCUCAAAGGAACUAGCACAACAGACCAGAGGCAGGCAUAACAACGUCGAAUCAUAGAACUAUCUGCAAUUUAUCACAAGUCAGGUUAGCACGCUAAGCAGCUGCAGCAAUGUCACACAAGUCACGAUUUUUCAGGAAUGAUGCCCCGCUUGCUCGCCGAGAUCCAAAGAAGCAACUCGUUGCCUCACUCACGCGAUUAGUGACAGAGUAUCCUCCAGACAAAAUACCAGCGGGUGGUGGAUUCUAUUACGGUCCAACAUCGGUGGCUCAUCUGUUUGCGACACUCAAUGGACUCUAUCCAGACUUAGAGAUCGAAGAUUUUCCACUAACAACCUGGUCUGCGGCCUAUCUGGAACAAGCACAAGCAAACAUCAAAGACUAUCCAGGUCCAUCACCAGAGAAAUGCGGUGUCAGCGACGACAUCAUGGCGCUUCUUGCGCUAUACGCCGCCACAGCAAAAGAUGAAGACACGGUAAAAGAACUAUGCAACUACAAAGAUAUUGCUGCGGAGCCUGGAGCGUCCAUCGAGUGGCUUUAUGGCGGCGCAGGCUACCUCUACUUCCUAAGACUGGUGCGGAGAUCUUUCAGCGACAACGAAGAAAUGCUAGAUCUCAUUGAUGACUCAGCCGACGCCGUUAUCGACACAAUCAUGGACACUCCCAGGCCAUGGAAAUGGCACGGCAAAGCCUACGUUGGUGCAGUACACGGUGCCGUUGGCAUAAUCACUCAAAUUGUCCUCACAGACCCAACAUGGGCUCCUAAGAUUGAAGCUGAUCUAGCAGCACUAUUGAGCUACCAAUUCGACAGUGGGAACUGGCCGUCCUCAAUACCUCCUGGCAAAGACCGCCUCGUACAGUUCUGCCACGGCGCACCAGGCGUGGUCGCCAGUCUAGACCAAAUCAAAGGAUACUUCCCAAAUCUGAAGGACAAGAUCGAGAGCGCAAUAAGGAAAGGCCGGGAGUGCAUCAAAGAACGAGGUCUACUGACCAAGGAGCCCUGUCUGUGUCAUGGCAUUAGUGGCAACGCGCUUGCACUUGAGGAUAAAGACUGCGAACACUUUUUGACAUACACGACCGGCCAUGAGAUCAAAGCGCUAGAGAAGGACGGAGUAUUGCAGAAGUCUGAGGAUCCCUCGGCGCUUUGGUGUGGGGAGGCAGGAAGGGCAUGGGCGUGGGCGGUGGUAGAUAAGAACUUGCCCAAAACCUACCUGGGUUACAAUGACAUCUAAAUCUGAAUGGCUGCGCAUUUCCGGCUUAGGGCAUGGCGUUUGGAGAUUUGUGGGGUGCGUAGGCGGGG